GCGAAAAGAUAGACCAAUCUUUUAGCGCAUAUCUGCACCAACACUAACGGUGCACGCUCAAAAGACUAUCGCAUUUCAGUCGCAAUAUUCUAAAAGAUUGCUGUCGACAAGCACCACGAAACCCCCUAGUAGGAAGUUGGUUCACAUUGCCAAGCGUAGCCGCAAACCGAACGAAUGGCCAAAAGCACCACAAUCAUUCGUUGUCAACGGCUGAAGAAUCUCAUGGAGCCGGCACGUCGAGAACACCAGAUCCGGCAGGCACAGGAGAGAUUCCAGGAGGAAGCUGAUAUUCUAAGAGCACUGGAAGGAGCUUUAGAGGACAAGUUGCCUAAAGAAGGUAGACGAUUGGCACCAGAUUUGUAUCCGUCAAGUUCACCGGGACUAUUUUCAACCGGUCCGUCAGGUUUUCCGGGACAAGGUUUGGCAUGUCUGUCAGGUACGUCGGGACAAAGGUCAAAAGGUUCGUCCGGCUCACCGGGACUACAGUCGGCAGGUCUGUCAGGUUCGCCGGGACUUAUGCCAAAAGGUCCGUCAGGAUUGCCGGAACAAUCGGAGACAAGUUCGAUAGGUUUGCGGGGGCAAACGCUAAAGCGCUACUGUUCAGAGGUUCACGAGAAGAUCGUCAGCAGGGUGAGCAUGAGCACAUACGAAUGCGUGCACCCAUUUCUCGAAUGGCAACGUAUCCGGUUCCGAAUCCGUCCGGAAGGGCGAGGCAGACUGAUCAACAGGAAAGGCGGUAAGGAGGAGCACUUACGUUUGGUGCAUUCAUCCUCGUCAAAAAGAUCAAGCAGCUGUAUCGAAUUCUGUACGAAAGUUUCGAAGAUGUUCCCACACGGGUCGGGGAUUGUUAGCAGACUACGGAGAAGAAUUUUCUGUAGUACAGGAGAUAUUCAACAGGAACCGUGUUUGGGAGUUUACAGAAGCAGCAACAGGAUUACGGAGAAGAACGGAAGCUUGAAUUCGCUAGACGAAAAGGUGUGUAAGGCAAAAUCCGAGAAUAAUGUCUUACGGGUCGGGGAAUGCUACGGCGGAUAGCGCCGUCCCACGAAUUUAAGCGGAGCGUCAAAUUGAAGCGAGGCGUAUGAACGUGCCAGAUGUCAGAUGUCAUGCAAAACAGUCAGUGCAUGAGAUGUAAAUAAUGUGCAAAUUGUAUUUGACUGCGCGCAAAGUUCUAUUGGUGUUAAGUUUUACAUUUAAAAUGUAAUUUAAGUGUUCUAAUGGCACCGUAAGAACGGUGUGGCUAGUAAUUGAUUUCGUUAACUUAUCCUAAAAAUAAUUACAGUUUUGACCCAGCAAAGGCACGAUUUGUUGGCCAAUUCAGGCCGUUGACUUUUAGGUUAGAUUCAGUAAGUUCUAAGUCAUGCAAUUUAUUAAAAAUACUAGCUAAUUAAAACCUUAAACUAUAGGAAAGCAGGGCUUGGGCAAUGUAAAUUGAUUGAUGCUAUGUUGAAGGCGAAAAGAUAGACCAAUGUAAGUCAUUUGUAAACAAAUUUGAUGAUUUUAUGCUAAUAAACUUUAUGCAGCUUUUAGCGCAUAUCUGCACCAACACUAACGGUGCACGCUCAAAAGACUAUCGCAUUUCAGUAGCAACAUUCUAAAAGAUUGUGGUCGCCAUUGAACCAGGAAGAAGUCGGUUCACACUGCCAGCUAUGAAUCUGGCCGGAUACGGAGCGGAUGGUAAGCUGUGGUCGCCAAGAAGGAGAGGGCAUCGUCGAUAUCAACGCUGCUCUGGAUCGUUCUUUCAUCGGUCGCCAAUGCCAAAAACCAUCCCAGAAGUUUCACCAAAAGCAGUCGUCGAAGGCCGCCAGCACAAGCGGGACAUCAUCCACCUCCGGCGGAGGGCUCGUUCGAGACUGGGGAAUCUUGAGGCCCGUAGGUUCCGAGUGGAGCAACCAUCGGAGCGGGUACGUCGGGAACCACAGAUCCGGCAAGGGCAGGAGCUGUCACAGCGCGAUGCUGAGCGGGCCAAGAUUAAGACGGAGCUUGCAAGUCGGUCAGAAACAUUUCGAGUACGGGAUGAAGAGUUGGUGGACAUGUUGGCUCGAGGAGGAAGACGAUCUGCACUCGAUCUCUGUUUGUCAAAGUCGGUGGUUUGUCUGUCCGACAUACCGGGACAAGCGUCAUCAUUCUCAGCACAUUUACCGGGAAGAAGGUCGAAAGGUCUGUCAGGUUCGCCGGGACUAAAGUCGAUGGAUCCGUCAGGUUCACCGGGACUGGUGAUAACUCAUCCAUUAGGUUUGUCGGGACAAAAGCCACUGGACAACGAUGCAGUGGAUCACGAAGUGAUCAUCGGUGGCACCAGCGCCAAAUUCCACAAGAAUCAAGCGGCUAAGAAUUCAGCAUCAGGACGGCCGGAGCCGGCAAGGAAGCAGCGGAUGCACCCGGGACUGGUGAGAAGUGAUAAGGAGAAGAGUUCUCGUGAAGCGUCUUCAACCUCGCCACCCAAGCCGGCGUGUAACGCUUGGAAUGAAGCCGGAGACCGUACCAGGACACUCUCACACGGGUCGGGAAAGAGACCGUGUGUUGGGGUUUCCAGGAAUCGAGAUCAUGGGAUGUCUAAAGAGACUCUGGCGCGACCGUACGUGUUAGCAGGUGAGGAAGAUCUGGAAAUACCACACCUUCCCCACGGGUCGGAGAAAUGUUACGGUGAAUCGCGCCGGCCCAUAGUAGCGUCGCCGUUGAAGCAGCGCGUUCAAACAAAGCGACGCGUGAUCCGAUUUCAGCUUUCACGAUCGACAUCGCGACGUACGUCGUGGCAGUGUUCUGCGAAGCUGGACGAGAAAAACAAAGAAAAAAAAACAAUAACAAAGUUCGUUCGAACGGAUUGCGCGCCAAGUGCUUUUGUAAAAGUAUCGCUGAGACGAUCGAGGUAGAUCGUUCUGCGGCGGAUACUGAAUUUAAAAGCGUAUCCAAAAGUCAGUGUAGUGAUCGUGAUACAGCGUGAGAUUCUAGCGGAGGCCAGAGCCAAAUAUUUAGGAUUACGGAUCAGACACUGGGAAAACAGUGUGGACUAGAGUGACCAUCGGUGUAGAAGAAGACCAAUGUAAGAUGAAUUGUUUUUAAACGCGAAUCAUUAUUAAUGAAUAAAAAUAGCUUUUAGCUCAUCAACACCCACAAGA